AUGCACAAAAGCCUUCUUCGAGCACUUGAGGAGGCUAUUCAAAGGGAUCCAACUGAUCAUGAAGAGGUCAAUACGUGUGCAGAACGUCUUCGAGCAGAAUUGGAAUCUACAAACGCAAAGAUAGGAGAUGAGCUGACUGUUUUGUAUAACAAGAUAGUGAAUUCCGUGGAUCGAGAGGUUUGCUUCUUGGAAGCUUUGAUCGUGCUCAAAGAUUACGUCAAGAACUUGAACGUCUGGACCACAAAAUAUGCGGAGAUAUCAAUAGACUCAGCUGGCCUGAAUCUUCGCCUAACUGAGCUCGCUACGAAAUUGGUAGAAUGUGCCAUGGAUCGCGACCUGGCCCAUUCUUUCGUCCAGAGGUAUUUACAAACAUUUGACGUAGCGCCAGAUCUAUCUUUUGAAGACAACGAGAAAUACAGAUUCCGUCGACUAAACAUACGCAGGGUUCUAUCAUCUUAUGUCAAAGUGGAUGCUCCAGGGUUAUUCUCCAUAUUAGCAGACACUCUAGUCAAGGAGGAACUCCAAACACUCGCGCUUUUUCAGAGUGUUAUGGAGAGUCCCCUCAAUGCUCAAUUUGAAAGCCUCCCCCUAUUCGAGAGUUUGUUAGACGUGCUGGAGAGAUGCGACUCUUCGGUGCGAGGUUGUGCACUUAAUGCACUUUGCGUUUUGGCACCGAUGGUGGUAAGGUCAUUCAAAAAACAGUUUGACAGGGUUAGUGAUAUUUUUGUAAGACUUGCAGAUGAGAAUGUGGAGUACCUGCGGCUUGGAGGCCUUCUAUAUGCUGUUUCACCACAACAGUUCAUAUCAACCGUGCGAAAUCAGCUUGCUACCAAAUCCAAAAGCAUUUUGAGCAAUAUGCGGUUGCACCCUGCCCUACUGGAAGGGCAGGAAAUUGAGGAAGAGGAUACAGUAGAGCUAAUGAAAUCCUAUGUCUCAGAUUUCGGAAAGGCUCGAGAGAUCGAUCUUGAGCAUCUGCUGGAUGAUUACAAACAUGUUUUUGCCAAAAGCGAAGAGAAAGAGCAUGUUCCUGAGCCAUUGGAGUUUUAUCAGCGCGAAAUGCUAAUUUUGAGCAAUGAGCUUAGUUUUUCUGAGUACGUUCGACAUGCUCUAGCUAUGGAACGCGAGAAACCCGAUCCCAAGGAAGUUAGGUUGGAAAUCGAGGUUUCUCACCCAAAUGCAACGAUGCUACCGUCUGACUCUCCAAAGCAGAAAACGGGUGAAGAAUCCAUUUUGAAGAACAACGAGAAAUUGCGAGCUGAGGUCCAAGUAUUGGAAAGUGAAGUCGGCCAUCUUCAUGAGCGGAUUCAAGAACUAGAAGUGCAACUUAGGGACAAGGAUGAAUCCUUUGGCCCCCUGAGGGAAGAAUUAAGUAAGCUCAGAAACGAAACGAUUUAUCUGAAAGAGGUCAACAUUGCUUUGGAGGAGAAAUUGGACUUUGCAAAGUGGAGUUCAACGGAGACAUUGACGGAACCCCCAUCGGAUUUUGCUGACAGCUUACAAUUGCAGCAGGAACUGAAUGAGGUAGCCAAAUAUCAUAAACAGCAAAUUGCUCAUAUCCAUGAAAGCUACCAGCGUGAAAUUAGGGAAUUAGAGAGCGAAAUAGAUUCUCUGCGUCUUGAGAAGCGAGAGAAGUCGAAUGAAAUUGUUAGAAGACAAUUAUCCCUGUUCCAGAGCAAACUAAAGGAAUACGAAUUGUUGAAUGAACAGUUAGAAAAGCAAAUAGCAACUCAGGAAGAAAGUCUCAUUCAGUUGAGGUCAACCCAACCAAUUCAGAUUCCAAAAACAGCACCAGCUAGGCCCCUCUUGUCUCCUAAUGGCUAUGACUCAGCAACCAACAUUCACAAAAACGAGGACAAUGCUACGCUCAACAGAGUGAGAAAACCCAGAUCGACCGAAUUCACAGUUUCGAGCUAUACUACUUCAGAACGUCAAAUGAAUCCGUCUGGGUUUAGUUUUAGCAUUCGUCGCCACGCUAACCCAACAAUUGAUACCUCCAAUAUAGCCGUUAAAGGUCGUGGAGGAAUCCAAAAUAAAGCAAAGCUAAAAAUGUAG